AUGAUUAACGUCACGCUGUACUGGAUUCCGAGCCACUCGGGGAUUAAGGGGAACGAGAAGGCUAACGAGCUUGCUAAAGCCGCAACACGCAAGGAGAGCGAACCACCGCCGCAGCGAGAUGGCCACCCGUGGUAUCUAACCAAGCAAGCGCUGGAGAAGGCGGAAAUUACAACCAGACUGCUUCUGGCAGGGCGAGCAGAUGUGGGCAAGUUCACGAGGAAGAUCGACGCAGCGCUCUACCUGGGCAAGGCGGCAGCACUGUACCAGCAGCUGAACAGCGCCGAGGCUGCGAUCCUCACGCAGCUCCGGACGGGCAAGACGAGUCUCAAAGUGUAUCUCUACAAGAUUAAGGCUGCGGUAACAGCACUGCGAGUGCAGGCUAAUUGA